CGCAAUUAGCUUUGCGACGCGUCCUCUUCACACGACAACAUACCAGCAAACUGCAUUAGCAAGGUCGAGAGUAGGACAAUAACGUAGACUUUGUACUUUAUGCUCGUCCAAAGGUCUUGUUUUCUUGACUACGGGCUCUUGCCUUUUGGAAACAGCACGGGUCAAAAGCAGUAGGGUGCUUUGCACAUCCUAAGCGGUAUUUUCGUGCGUGCAGUGGUAGCAUUUAGCUUGUUUGGAAGUCAUCAUGGCUAUGGUGGGGCUGAGAGCUUCUUACCACAGAAUCCUCGACAGGAUCGAGCAUAUGCUGCCGGCUAAACUGAGACCUGUUUAUAACCACCCUGCAGGUCCAAAGACUGUGUUUUUCUGGGCUCCAAUGUUUAAAUGGGGUCUGGUCAUGGCUGGCUUAGCAGACAUGGCACGUCCAGCAGAGAAACUCAGUACCUCCCAAUCUUUUGUGCUGACAGCCACAGGUCUUAUUUGGUCCAGGUAUUCUCUGGUUAUUAUCCCGAAGAAUUGGAAUCUAUUUGCUGUAAACUUCUUUGUAGGAGGUGCAGGAGGAUCACAGCUCUACAGAAUAUGGAAGUAUAACAGGGAACAGAAGGCAAAGGAAAAAGAAGCACAGGCUUGAUACCAGUGCUGUGUAAAGUGCAUCCAGAGGACCGAAAGGGACUCUCCUCGACUGGUACCCCAGAAACUUCCCCUCCAAUCACCAGUCAUCCAGUAGAGCCUCCAGACACUUUCUUCAUGAAUAGAGAUCAUCUGAUUGUUUUAGAGUUCAGGUCAUUGUCCCGUGCCACUAGUACCUAUAGCAACAAUUAUUACGGUUGUUGAAAACGCACAAAAUGUUACAUAUUCAUAUUAGUACGAUUCUUUAAAAUGCUUGUGUUUGAAAUGCAUCUUGAUAAAGGUGCUUUCCAUCCAACAUACUUGAGUUACCAUCGCAAUUCUUACUAUCAAGUGAAUUUCUUCACUCAGCCUCUGUCAUGCUAUUAACGGAAUGUCUCCAAAUAAAUUUUAGAAAAGUC